GUCAUGCCCAACCAACCUCGGUUACUUUGCGAGUUUACCUCCAUCCUAAGUGGACGGUUGCUAAGGUGGGACCGCUGGAGCUGUAGACCUGGGAGGUUCGCUGCCCCAACUUGAUGCUCAAUAUGAACUUUUGAAAAUAAACCGGAUUGUUGAGAUUUGAAAAAAUCUCAUAAAGCUGCUGAAAAGAACUGGCCAGAGCCGUGAAGUUUUAGAGGUGGCUGACGUAAGGUGGCUGCGCGGCCCGGGAUGCCCUCCCGGCCUGGGGUGAAUGGCUGCUGUCGCGUUGGCCCCGCAGGCCCCGCAGGCGCCAGGCCUAACCUCGGACUUAACCUGCUACCCUGCCUUGCGCGCGCCGCAGCCGCUCUCUGUUGCUAUUGGCUGCUCGUCCUGCGUGUUGGCGCUUCUCGAAGAGGCGGGGCGAGGAUGUAAUUGAACACGUCGGUGCUCAUUAGUUCUGUCAGUUGAACACCAUGGCCAAUUUCUUCAUUCUUCAUUGGCUGGCGGACUGAGGGGGCGGGCUUGGCGCGCAGGUCGCCCGGACAUGGCCGAGUGCAGCAGCUGGCAGCCGCCGCGCCCCUGCGAGGCCUACCGCGCCGAGUGGAAUCUCUGCCGCAGCGCCAGGCACUUCCUGCACCACUACUACGUCCACGGCGAGCGGCCCGCCUGCGAACAGUGGCGGCGCGACCUGGCCAGCUGCCGCGACUGGGAGGAGCGCCGGAGCGCCGAGGCCCAGCGAUCCCUCUGUGAGAGCGAGCGGGCACGAGUCCAGGCUGCACGGAAGCACAUCCUGGUGUGGGCCCUGAGGCAGAGUCCCCCUGCAGACUGGCAUCUCCCUCUGCCGCAGGAGAAGGAUGAAUGACAAGCACCCCUGCCAUUGGCCUGUGCAGCUUCCUCCCUCGGUCUGUUUCAAGUUGCUGUUGCACAGCCCUGGGGACUGUGACUAGCCUAUACAGUGUAGGGGCUCACUGUGAGCUCUUGCUGGGCUUGGAACAUGGAGCAGGACAUUGCUAGCCCUACUUGCCCACCCCUUACCUGCAUGCCAGGCGCCCUGACACUGUGAUGCUCUGCUGGACAGUUGCACUCCUUCAGAGCUCCCAGGAGGCCAAGCAUUAUGGCAGGUACUUGUGAGCAGCCAGGUCAGGCUGGGCACAGUAGCAUAGGAGAUGGCGGUCCUGAGGUCUAGGGUUCUCAGGUAAACUCCUGAAGGGUAGCCCUGCACAGGUGGGUCAUAAUGAGGUAGCUAAACAGUUGUGCCUCUGUGAAUCCCUUUGCUAGUCGUUGGGAAACCGCCUGCCACGUCCUGAUUUGGUGAGCAUUGUGAGUGCUCACCCUGCGCUCCAGCCCCUCGCUUAGUUCUACUGCAUGUGCAGGUGGGUAUGCCGAGCAUGCAGGGCUUCCUGGCCCUUCUGCACCAGCAGGCUCUUCUUCGUCGGCCCCUGGAGACUCUGGUUUUUAAGGAAUGGCACACAGCUUCAGAACACACAACCUUGCAUGAAGAGGGUUUGUGGACUCAGCUUAAGAAAUCCAAGCCCAAGACAUGGGAAUUAAGGACUCCUUCCCUCAAAGUUUCCCUGGUCGUUAAUGUAUAAAAAGCCAUUUCAUUUGAUUUCAAAUAGAAGCUGAAAAUUAAAUUCACAUUUGUUAGAUUUCAUAUAUAACAGUGUUGUACCUGGACAGUUUUAGAAUUUUGUAUGCUUACUCUCUUGUAGGUGUUUUAACAUGUAUGAACCACCAAAAACACUGUUUCUCAAAGAAGUCUCUUUAUUACUAAGAAUGGUUUUGCAUCCUCAGCAGGCCCUGUUGUGUGAUGCUGAGGGCUAGGCUGGCUCUGUGCCCAGCACCCUCCCUGCUCUCUUCCUGGACACAGGCAGCAAGUUGAACAUCUUUUAAUUUGUUCUUUGGGGCAGAAUAAUCGAUCACUUCAGAAGAGUGUCCAUUAAAGAAUAGUAUUUCCCUG